AUGCGUGAACUCGAAGGCGGUCACGAUUCACGAAUGAUAGAGCGAGAGCAACUAGCUUCUUGGCUACAAUCAGUACAGGAGAGUCGAUAUUAUCAUCAGGUUGAUCCAAGACUUGGAAUUGUCCAAGAACAAGUUGAAGCCGCGGGGUCAAGCUACCUCGAGUGCAUGAAUCCCAACCUGGCUUACAAGAUCUUGGAGCGAUACAAGCGCCUUCCUAAUGCUCAUGGGAACCCCGCUAAGCCGCUGCUUCUCAGAGAUUUCGAAAUGCUCAAGAAUGACUUUGUGAAGGUGACACAAAACGCUGAUUAUGCGGGCACAGAUAAUGAUGAAUUUACAAACACUGCGCAGGGUGUGAGACCGAGGUGA